UAUCUAGAAUUUUUUGAGUUAAAACGCGCAACAAGUUGACAACCUGCUGAACAAGGUACUGUUGACAGUUGGACGCAAUAGAUCGAAAUUUGUUUUUGUCCUUUUCUCUAAUAAAUAUAAGUUUAAAAAAAGUUUGAAUACUUUCUAAUUAAUAAUUUAUUUUCAUCUACAAUAUGGGGAAUUUGUGUGGAUCUUGUUGCAAGGAAUCAUCAUCGUAUGAAGAUUUAACACCUGAUUUGGAAACAAGACGACGGAUGCAAAUGGAAGCUGCAGAGAAAAGAUUAGCGGAACAAGAACAACGAGGUAUAAAAGAUAUUGAAUCGGUUAGAAGGAAACAGAAACAUGCGUUGGAAAUUGCAAAACGGGAAGAAGAAGCUGGUAAUAUGAGUGGACAAAAUAAACUAAAGUGGCAAGUGAAUUGAAUGAAGAAAAUGGAUACAUGAAAAAAGUGCACUUAAUUAAAAAACGAAUGAUUUUAUUUAUAUUACAAUGCUUUGCAUAAAUAUGCAGAAGUUACUAAGAUAUCAGUAAAAUGUCUCAUUGGCUAUACGAUUUAUAAUAUUUAAAAACAAAUAUUAAAGCGUUUAGAAUUUCUAUUAUUAAAUAAUAUAUUCUUUAUUGAAAUAUAACAUUUUUAAUUGUCUUUAUUUUGUACAUUAGGUAUGUUUGAGAAAACUUUCAUUGCAAAACAAAGAAAAUUUUUAUUUAUUUUAAAAGCAUUUAUAACAAAUUGUAUAAUAUUAUAUUCACUUAGAUUAUAGUUCAUUUGUAUCAUUGUUAAAAUUUUAUUUUUUCUAGUAUUUUUCAAAACAAGUAUUUUAUUUAUAAGUCAUAUUAUAUAUUCUUAAUAUAUUACCGUUACACAAA